AUUGUAGUAGAGAACAAAAAAAAAAUGGAAUUGCUAGAUCUUUUCAUCAUUUGUUUCACACUCAUCUUCCUCCGUCUAUGGUGGCGCCACUGGUCAACCACCGGUGGCGUACCCAAGAACCUCCCUCCGGGGCCACCUGGAUGGCCACUAGUCGGGAACCUGAUUCAAAUCAUCCUCCAACGUCGGCAUUUCAUUUUCAUAGUACGUGAGUUACGUAAACUAUAUGGUCCGAUUUUCACCAUGCAAAUGGGGCAACGCACCAUGGUGAUUGUUACGGACUCCAGGCUUAUCCAUGAAGCCCUAGUUCAAAGAGGUCCCGUGUUCGCCUCACGGCCAUCGGACUCACCGAUCCGUCUCGUGUUCAGCGUUGGGAAAUGUGCCAUCAACUCGGCCGAAUACGGACCUCUAUGGCGAACCCUAAGGAAGAACUUUGUUACCGAGAUGAUAACACCUGCGAGGGUGAAACAAUGCAGCUGGAUCCGGAAAUGGGCAGUGGAAAACCACAUGAAGAGAAUCAAAUGCGAUGCUUUCGACACCGGUUCCGUUGAGGUGAUGAGCAACUGUAGGCUCACUAUAUGUAGCAUUUUAAUCUGUUUAUGUUUCGGUGCGAAGAUCUCCGAGCCACGGAUUAAGAAAAUCGAAAGCAUAUUGAAAGAUGUAAUGAUGAUAACAUCGCCACAGCUACCGGAUUUCUUGCCGAUUCUAACUCCAUUGUUUCACCGGAAAAUGAAAGAAGCUAAGGCACUAAGGAAGAAGCAGUUGGAGUGUUUGGUCCCAUUGAUAAAAAACAGAAGAGCUUUUGUGGAGAAUGGUGAAAACCCUAACCAAGAAAUGGUGAGUCCGAUCGGUGCAGCUUAUAUAGAUUCGUUGUUUCGACUCGAACCGGAGACCCGGGGUCCGUUGGGUGAUGAAGAGUAUGUUACUCUAUGUUCCGAGGUGAUUAGUGCCGGCACCGAUACGUCUGCGACAACCGUGGAGUGGGCCAUGCUUCACUUGGUGACCAAUCAAGCAAUCCAAGAGAAAUUGUACCAAGAAAUAAUUGAUUGUGUAGGUAAAAAUGGGGAAAUCAAAGAAGAAGAUGUGGAAAAAAUGACAUAUCUUGAAGCUGUGAUUAAAGAAACAUUCAGGCGACACCCUCCGAGUCAUUUUCUUUUAUCCCAUGCAGCUAUAAAGGACACUGAGCUCGGCGGCUACACGAUUCCGGCAGGGGUCCAUGUUGAGUUCUACACUGCAUGGAUCACAGAGAAUCCGGAUAUAUGGUCGGAUCCAGGAGAGUUCCGACCUGAAAGAUUCACGGACGGUCAUGGGGUUGACGUCGAUGUGACCGGGACUCGAGCAGCAAAGAUGUUGCCAUUUGGGGCCGGACGACGGAUCUGCCCGGCUUGGAAUCUAGGCGUUUUGCACAUAAAGUUGUUGCUUGCGAAGAUGGUUCAAGCUUUUAAGUGGCUGCCGGUACUGGAUUCUCCGCCGGACAUGACCGAGACUUAUGCUUUCACUGUUGUGAUGAAGAACCCUCUCAAGGCUUUCAUCUUGCCUCGGCAAGGAAUUGAAGCUUGAAGAACUCCACCUAUCCACGUUAAUUAGCAAGACUUUUUAUGUUAUGGUUUGUUGGGGUGUUUAGUAAUGCAUUUCACGUUUGAUAUUAAUUAA